CUUGUAUCGUCAUCGCCGUGAUCCCAUGGCACCUCUUCCCUUCGCACUCCGUGCCCGGCCGCCGUCCUGCCCAUACGCCCAUACGGGUAAUGCCAUACCCCAUCACAACGGUCCGUCUAUCCCUUCCCUUGGAAACGUCCACGCAUCCUCCGUCUCCGUCCCCAUCUCGCGAAGCUAGCGGGAAUAACAAGCAACGAUACCUACGACGACCUACCCCCCUUUCCCUGCUCUCUCCUUCCAACUCUUGUUUCUGCAACGCCAGGGCGCAACCAUGGGUCAGCAGCAGCAAGGGCCGGCGGCCAGGCGGAUGGCCACGCUCGCCUCCCACCUGCGCCAUCCCUCCGUCUCUCACCCUCAGAUGGAAGAUGUUCCCCUCUUGAGGGGAUCCAAUUGCCGUGCAAAAGGUGCGGCGCCAGGCUUCAAAGUCGCGAUCUUGGGUGCAGCAGGUGGGAUUGGGCAGCCACUUGCGCUAUUGAUGAAGAUGAACCCUCUUGUUUCGGUGCUCCAUCUAUACGAUGUCGUCAACGCACCUGGUGUCACAGCCGACAUCAGCCACAUGAACACUGGUGCUGUGGUACGUGGCUUCUUGGGCCAGCCACAGUUGGAAAAUGCCCUGGCUGGAAUGGAUCUUGUAAUAAUUCCUGCUGGUGUCCCUCGGAAACCUGGGAUGACAAGGGAUGAUUUGUUCAACAUAAAUGCUGGAAUAGUCCGUACCCUGUGUGAAGGAAUUGCAAAAUGCUGCCCUAAUGCAAUUGUGAAUGUGAUCAGUAAUCCUGUCAACUCUACCGUCCCAAUUGCUGCUGAAGUUUUCAAGAAAGCUGGAACUUAUGACCCUAAGCGGCUUUUAGGUGUGACCACACUUGACGUAGUGAGAGCAAAUACGUUUGUGGGAGAGGUUCUUGGACUUGACCCCAGAGAGGUAAAUGUUCCAGUCAUUGGUGGGCAUGCAGGAAUUACGAUACUACCACUCCUUUCACAGGUGAAUCCUUCCUGCUCAUUCACCUCGGAAGAGGUUAAAUACCUCACUUCUCGCAUACAGAAUGGUGGGACAGAAGUAGUCGAGGCUAAAGCUGGAGCAGGAUCAGCAACUCUUUCAAUGGCCUAUGCAGCUGCCAAAUUUGCAGAUGCUUGCCUGAGAGGAUUGCGUGGUGAUGCUGGGAUAAUAGAGUGCUCUUAUGUGGCUUCUCAGGUCACAGAGUUGCCUUUCUUUGCAUCCAAAGUGCGGCUAGGGCGAUGUGGCAUUGAGGAGAUCCUACCACUUGGACCAUUAAAUGAGUUCGAGAGAUCUGGUCUGGAGAAGGCAAAGAAAGAGCUGGCGGAGAGUAUCCAGAAGGGCGUCUCUUUCAUCAAGUGAGGCCGGCGACGGCCAGCCCAACAUAGAAAUAGAUGUGGCGUGUUUCUGCUUCUUGAGAACUCAUCUUGUUAUCUCUCUGUAAGACUGAGUGCAUGACACGAAUAAUCCACGUACACGGCUGUACUAAAAAGAUGAUGAAUCUGUGGUGGCUAAAAAAAGGGAAAUAGAAAAGUCUGGUAAUAAAAGUUGUUUCUGAAC